ACGUCUUAAAAGUAUACUUAAGCUUAAAGAAAAAAAAAACCCUUGGAAUUUUUUGCUCAAAUUAAUAAGUUAAUUAUUUUUUUAAUUUACCCGGGUUUGUUAUAAAAAAUUUUUCAAAAUUAUACUUGAUAUGGAUAUGACUUCAACGGCGGAAGCUGCUGCCCGCAGCUGGUAUGAUAAUCCGCGUUUAGUAGGUGGAGGCUCACCACAAACCAAUGGUUUGGGCGCCUCCGCCUCAGGACUGGGUCAUCACGGUUUAGGUGGUGGUCUGGGUUCAACGGCCAGUGGUAGCACCGGUUUAGGAGGUGGCAGUGGAGCCGGUGCUGGCAGUGGUUUAGGUUUAGAUACCAGCGAUAUGGGUGCAUUUUAUGCUCUCGAAAGUAAUGGUCAUCAUAGAAGAUAUUACCCCAGCUAUCAUCAACACACCUCCCGUAUGCCAUCCUCACAUACAUCACCGCAAAUGUGUCGGCCUCACUUUCAUACGCCCCUGAGUUCAUGGCUUACCAGCGAACAUAAAUCAUUUGCACCCGCCAGCCCUUGGGGCAGUCCGUUUGCCUGUCCCCAGGAACCACAGGUCGAUCAUAAAUUGAGUCAGGUGGGUCAAUCACAUCAGACAACAACGAUGGGUCAACAUUCAUUUCCAUUCCCGCCCACACCGCCAAAGGAUUCAACGCCCGACUCAGUACAAACCGGUCCCUCGGAAUAUCAGGCUGUGGUAAAUGCUUUUAUGCAUCAAGCUCAAGCGACGGGUUCCACCUCCCUGCCCGAUACAAGCUGUGCCCUCGACAUUAAGCCCACCAUACAAAAUGGCUCUACCUCCUCCACACACAAUGGCAGUGGCCAGUCCUCUGUGCCCAAACAAAGAGAAGGUACUAAUCAAACGUCAAACAGUAAUAGUAACAACAACAGUAAUAACAAUAAUAGUACAACAAAUAGUAAUAAUACGAAUAAUCAACAUAGUAAUCAGACACACAACAACAACAAUAGUAAUAACCAAUCAUCGACAUCAGGUUCUAGAUCCGCCAAUAAUACAAAUACACAAAAUGUCCAAUCUGCCGCCAACCAAAAUAACAAUACCUCCUCCCUACACAACAACAACAACAAUACAAACACCAACGCCCUACUGAACAGUUCUAGUGCGGCGGGCCUCUUCGAUAGUAGCGGCCAAACGCACUAUGGCAAUCUAGGCCAAUCUAGCGGUUUGGGUUUGAGUAAUGGUGUUGCUGGCAACACAUCCGCCAAUAGUUAUGAUGGUUCUUAUGCCUCGUAUGCGGCGCAUCAUCAUGCGGCCGCCCAACAUCAAGCGGCCGCUGCAGCAGCCGCUGGCAUGUUUCAAAGUCCUUCAAUGGCAGCGGCGGCUGCUGUCAGACAUCAUCAUCACCAUCAUCAUCAUGGUCAUCAUUCGAUGUCGGCGUCUAGUGUGGGUUCAUCGGGUGGUAUGUCGAGUAGUGUGGUUGGUGUUGGCGGUGGCGGCAGUCACGGCAUGUCCGGCAGUUUAAGUGGUAAUGGCAGUAAUAACGGUUCCAAUCUAGAUGUUAAACCGGCUCGUACUAAACCUCGGACUAGCGCUGAAGGCCGUGAGUGUGUAAAUUGUGGUGCCACCUCAACGCCUUUAUGGCGACGUGAUGGUACCGGUCACUAUUUGUGCAAUGCCUGUGGUUUAUAUUACAAAAUGAAUGGUCAAAAUCGACCUUUAAUUAAGCCAAAACGAAGACUGACCUUGCAGUCGUUGCAAAGUGCCGCCAAAAGAGCGGGGACCUCAUGUGCCAACUGCAAAACCACAACAACAACCCUUUGGCGGCGUAAUGCCAGCGGUGAACCAGUAUGUAAUGCCUGUGGUCUCUACUAUAAAUUGCAUAAUGUUAACCGCCCUCUAACCAUGAAAAAGGAAGGCAUACAAACCCGUAAUCGUAAAUUAUCCUCAAAAUCGAAAAAGAAAAAGGGUUUGGGAGGCGGCUGUUUACCCAUUGGCGGUCAUUUAGGCAUGGGUGAUUUUAAACCUUUAGAUCCUUCUAAGGGUUUUGGUGGCGGCUUCUCAGCAUCAAUGGCUCAACAUGGCCAUCUUUCCAGUGGUUUACAUCCAGCUCAUGCGCAUAUGCAUGGUGGCUGGUAUACCGGCGGCAUGGGAGCUUUGGGUGCUUCCAGUGGUUUACAGGGUGGCUUUUCAACGGCUGGUUCUUUAAGUGGCGGUGUUGUUCCCCAUUCUCAGCCUUAUCAUUUAGGUUUGGGUUCGAUGGGUACUUGGCGUACUGACUAUACGUGAUGGAGCGGUAAUAAUUUAAAUAAUAAUUUAUUUAAUUGAAAUUGCUACAACUACAAACUCCCAAAUAUUUUUAAAAUUUAUAACAAGAACUGCUGCAUAAAAACGCUAAAGAUUUUAAAAUAAAAAUCUUUAAGAAAAAAGUUCCUACCAAAAACAUAAGUAAAAGUAAAAACCACUUGUUAAAAACAAAAUUCAACAAAGAAAAAAAUAAACUAGACAAAGUCUUAAUGAGUUGAGAAACCACAAGCCUAACAGCUACUGUUUACAACCAAAACAAAGAGAGAAGGAGAAGGUUUUCUCUUUUUUUUUUUUUGAGUUUCUUAAUGUUUAUUUAAAUACCUAUAGUAAUGAUAAAACGAUGACUAUAUUAUGGUGGGCUUAAGCAAAACCAGAGCCCGCCUUUAAAAAGGAUUAAAACAAUGUCUAGGCGCCUUUUAAUCCGGAUCUUAAAUAAGUUAUGUUUUAAAUUAAUUCUUGUAAAUUUUAAUCCCUUACUGUCUCUGUCUCUCCCUAAAAUGCUAUUAAGGCAUGCAACAACCAAAUUCCUAAUAAAUAUUUAAAUAAAAAUGUAUUAUUUUUUUUAUUAUUAAUAAACAUAAUUAUUUUUAUUAUUAUUAUUAAUUUAAGUAUGUUAUGUUAACAUUGCGUGCAAUUUAUUAAUUUAUUAUAAAACAAA